AAUUUUAGGUAAAUGAGGUGGUGGUGAUGCAGCGAGAGAAUCAGCAGCUGAUGCACAUAGUGCAACAACUUGAGCCAUAUAUAAAAAGCAUAUCCCAACUGAUGGAGAGGAUGUCACCCAACUUGAAUUCGCCUGGAAGCCCAGGAGUUGAUGCAGGAAAAGGCUCCAUCGCCCUUUCACUGCCUCCUCCAUUGUCCACUGAAGAGUCCCCACAAUCAGCUCUUGACAAUGCAGGCAUUGAGCAGCUCAGGGAAUGUUUCAGUGGUGCUCCAGGAAGUGACCAUGCCUCCUUUGCUCUUAGGGAGGAACACACUGGCUCAGCUAGGAGUGACACAGAGAAUGAGGCCCUUGUUUUGGAUGGGACAAAGAAAGGCUUUCUAUCUCAACUCCUCGAGAAGGUUCGCUGCACGGAGGAGAAGGGGAGUGGGCGGAUUCGGAUCAAGGAUCGAGAACGCUCUUCCAGUCGUGAGGACAAGGGAGGGAAGUCCUUAUCAAAGAGUGAUGGGGAACUUGAUGAGAGUGGCAUAGGACCACUGGAGUGCGAACAAUGUGCAGCUGCCAUGGUUGCAGCGGCAGCUGCUGCUGCAGCUGCUCAAGGCAUUUAUGGGACAGGGAAUGAUGGCAUUCCAGAUUGCCCAGAGUGCCGCCGAUAUCAGAUGGCUCAGUCUCGUGUUUAUGACAAUGUCCCAAGUGGUGCAAGAAAGCGAGAGAAAAGCAGUCAUUAUGAAACAGUGAAGGAGGUGAAGGCUAUGGUCCAUCAGGAGCCUGGGACUACUAAGAAAGGAGGUAGUGGGUGUGCAAAGGUGACCGAACGGGAUCGCCGUCGAUAUUCCUCAGCCACUGUUCAGGGUUCAGGGAGUUCUUCAUUGAAACGAGGUGAGAGUGCAAGUGCAGUCAUGAAGAAGCAAAACUCAUGUGAGAACUUUGACAAUGUCUGCACAGGAGAGGGUCAGUUGAAGAAAGCAGAUAGCUUUGAAGGGCAUGAAGAAGCAGUAAAGAGUUUGGUUGCUGCUGUGCACGAGACAAAGACAUUUCGAAAAAAGAAAAAGUGAUUUGACCAAGCCAUCUGUGUGGCAGUCAAUCCUUCCAGUCCAAUGAUCUAGUCUCAUUUUUGUUUGACUUGCAUGUUUGCCCUAGACUUCUUGCAAGGGAUCAUUGCUCUAUGCAAAUACUAAAGUGUCAAGAAGUUGAGACCUUCUUCAAUAAGAUGAAGAAUCUAGGCUGGAAUCACAAGGGAGAGAAACUAGCAAGUCAGAAGACCUACGAUGAAGGGAGAUUCAUGAAAUAGUCAUUGUGAUGCAUUAUUCUUUCAUUCAGGGUUGUGACCUUGAGGGAAAAAUCUGUUGAGAUUUUAUAACUCUUUCCUCGCUUUCCUACAAGAUUUCAUUUACAUCCUAGACUGCAACAAUCUUUAUUCAUACUUUUGCAGGAAGGAAGGAGUGAUAUAUUCAUGGUAAGCAUGCAUCAAAAUUAAUAUGGGAUGAUGGUUCAGUUUAUGAUAGCAUGAUAGACAUGCAUGUGCAAGAUUUCUGCAUAUGCACAAAUUCAUUGCAGGGACAGUCCAAUGUGCCUGUGGGAACUUACGCUCUAUGACAGAUCCAGGGGAGCUUGGGUCUGACAGGCCUCAAAUGAUUCAUGGAGGCAUUUCAUCUAACUUGCAUGGGCUCAUAGCUCCUAUGGAAAUUCCAUGUCAUGUUACAAGGAUCAGAGGAGUUUCAUUUCUGCAUGAAAAGCUUCCCUUUUCUUCUCUCUUCAUUCUCUGUAUAUAGCACCACCCUCCUUUCCCCCAUCCCUUAAGAAAAAUGCAUGGAGCCACUCUUUCCUAUGCUGCAGCCCCUGUCCUUUUGCUGUGCCAGACAUUCCCUCCUAUUGAAACCUUGAUAUCCCA